AUGGCGAGGGAGCGCGACCACCUCUACAUCACCGUCCCCAACCUCUUCCGCUGCCCCAUCUCCAUGGACGUCAUGCGCUCCCCCGUCAGCCUCUGCACCGGCGUCACAUACGACCGCGCCAGCAUCCAGCACUGGCUCGAAUCAGGCCACGACACCUGCCCCGCCACCAUGCAGACUCUCCAAUCCAAGGACGUCAUCCCCAACCUCACUCUCCGCCGUCUAAUCAACCUCUGGGCCCAGUCCCACGGCCCUUCCUCGCCGGCCUCCUCUCCCUCUCUCUCCUCCCAGCACCUGGCCUCCCUCGUCCAAUUCCUCCAAAGCGAUAACCAGAGCGAGAAAUUCAGCCAAAAUAUCGUCCACUCGUUGUCGAGGGCGGCCGAUUUCGCGAGGGGCAGCGACGAGAAUCGGAGGUUUGUGGCGAGUUUCGACGGCUUCGUCACCACCAUUGUCGGGGUUCUGAACAGAGAAGGCGUCGAAAUCGAGGUCCUCGAAUCAGUAAUUAAGGUUUUGGAUUCGAUUUUUCCUCAGAUCGGAGUCAACGAGCUAUUGAGCCGAUUAAUGGUGAAGAGCAACGGCAAUUUCCUCGCUUCGAUUCGAUUGGUGUUGCAGAAAGGCAGCCUGAGCUCGAAGAUCGAAUCCGUCAGGGUUUUGGAUUCGAUUGCGCUCGACGCGGAGUCGAAACGAUUAAUCGCAGAGAAAGAAGGCUUACUGUCCGUACUCAACGAUCUAUUGAGCUCGGAAACCGAUCAGAACCUACACAGCGCCGUUUUCUCGUGCUUAGCAUCCGUGUCCGUGACUCGGUCAAUCAAAGCGGAGCUCGUCCAGUUCGGACUCGUCCGAGUCAUUACGUCAACGCUGUUAAACCCGGACACCAACACUCCCCUGGCGGAGAAGUCUUUAAAGCUAUUGUCCACGAUUGCCACUUGCGCGGAGGGCCGGUCGGCGAUCAGCGGGGAGGAGAAGUGCGCGGGGGCGGUGGCGGAGAGGCUGAUGAAGGUGUCGAGGGGAGCGACGGAGGACGGCGUGGCGGUGCUGUGGAGCGUGUGCUGCAUGUUGGGGGACAAGAGGGCGAGGGAGAGCGUGGCGGGAGGGAAUGGGGUGGCGAAGGUGCUGUUGGUGAUGCAGAGUGGGUAUGGAGAGGGGCAUUUUGUGAGGAGGAUGUGUGGGGAUUUGGUCAAAGUUUUGAGCGUCGGGUUGGGGUUGGGGUUGAGGUAUGACACCAAGACUAUACAUAUCAUGCCUUGUUAG